GGUAGCUCCGCGGCAGACUAUCUCAGCCGCCGUACUCCCAAAGGUGCGUACUCCUUUGGUCUUGCAUUAUUCGCAGGUUAUGGGCCCACGGUCCAUGGGAAAUUCUCACUCAGCACAAUACCUACUUAUCCGAUCACAGCAGCAAGAUAUUACCCCUAAUUCUGCAAUUCAUUCGUGUAGCACCAAUUAACUUGAAUCUUGCCGAAGCAAUGAUUCAUUGCAAUGAAACUUUAGCCUAUCAUGAUGCUACCCCAUCAGCAUUGGCUGAUGGACCAUGGAGUCCAGCUGCUGUUCGCGAAAGAGGUCAAGCAAUUGAUGUUGCAUGGGAACAUGAACCCAAGCAGCCCAAACUCCCAUGUUUUGCAGUAGGAAAC